GCUUUCAACUUCCAUUAAAAGCAAUCCAAGAAAAAAAAUGAAGCAAGCAUUGGUCGUGUACUUGUUAAUAUCAACGGUUAGGGAACUUGUUCGGGUAGUGAUGACGGAAAAUUGUGGAACGGAUUUUAACCACGUAAUGGCUUUGGUUGGGUACGGGACGGACCCAACCGAUAUAAAGUAUUGGAUAGUGAAGAAUUCAUAUGGUCUCCAAUGGGGAGAGGGCGGAUAUAUUAGGAUCGAGAGAGGGAUUGAUGAUCCAAGAGGGCGCUGCGGAAUUGUGAUGCUUGCUUGCAUACCGUUUUCAACCGUCCCAACUCCCAAAACCGUUGACCCGACCCGACCCGUUUCAAAGAACCGGCUCGUCGUCACACGGUCUCUGGUGACGAAAUGGCCACGCGUGACUGCGUUUUAUACUGCGCUCUCUUUUGAUUUGGUUUCUCUUCCUCUUUUGGUUUUGGCAUUGGUGCUUCUGGAGAAGAUGAGUGCGGUAGAACCAGACAUGGAAGAUCUGUUCCAGGAGAAGAAGCGUGUCAGGAAUCCUCUCGUUCCUCUCGGUGCACUUAUGACUGCGGGAGUGCUCACAGCUGGGCUGAUUAGUUUCAGAAGAGGCAAUUCUCAGUUGGGUCAGGUUUUGAUGAGAGCUAGGGUGGUCGUCCAGGGUGCUACAGUCGCUUUAAUGGUUGGAACCGCUUAUUACUAUGGUGCGUGUGCUCUCGCUCUGAGUGUAGAAAUCUGUGGUCUUGCUAGGAUUUAUAACUUGUUACUUUUGUCUGAAAUCCAUGAAACAGAAGCUCUUUCACCUAAAUCUUCAUUUGCAACAACUAUUACUGUUCUGAACCAGAAAGAUCCAUCUUCAAGCUCUAUAGUCUCGGUUUUAUGCUUAGUUAUCUCGGUUCUUGCUCUUAUCAUCGUCUUCCUCGGUGUCCUCUACUUAAUCUUCAAAUUUCUCCGCAAGUCCUCGACUUUAUUUCCCAUUCCCCAUUUCAAUCCCAACCCAGAUCUCUCUUCUUCCUCCUCUCCUCAGCUCCAGCAACUCUUCUUCCUCCAUGACUCUGGUCUAGACCAGACCUCCAUCGAUGCACUUCCCGUGUUCCUCUAUGGUAACGUAACCAUGAGUCUGAAAGAGUCUUUCGAUUGCGCCGUAUGUCUCAAUGAGUUCUCUGACGCAGACAAGCUCAGGCUACUCCCAGUCUGUAGCCACGCAUUCCAUCUUCACUGUAUCGACACAUGGCUUCUCUCCAACUCUACUUGCCCUCUCUGCAGACGAUCACUCUCAACCUCAAACGUCUGCUAUAACCAUGCUGAGGCUCUUGUCGUCCCCUUGUCCGGGCAUCAGCAGGUCGACGAAGGCAAAUCCUCCCUUGCUAAAAGAGUCUUUUCUGUUCGUCUUGGGAGAUUCAAAAGCACGAACGAAAGUCAAAGUCAACGACAUGAUGUCAAAGAUGAAAUUGGUGUAGGAAUGCCAAGAAGGUGUUACUCGAUGGGCAGGCAACAGUAUCUCGAAUGCGAUCAAGAUUUUGUGGUGGCUCUGUCUUCGUCUCCUCGUGAGGGAAAUACCGGUAAUAAGUAACUGCUCCAUUCACGAGGGUGAUUCAGUAAAACAAGACUCUGGUGGUUUGGGUCGGCUCUAAUGGAUUGUAGUAGAAAAGAGAGUAUGUCUAUGUCGAAGAUCUGGUUUUGGUCUGAGAAGAAGAAGAGAGUACUAUAGUUCGGUUUAUUAAACAAAAAUAGGUGGUUUUUUUGUUGCAUCUUAGUCUUCCUUGUUACUACAGACAUGAAAUCGUUAAGGAAUAGUUUUUGUGAUUAGGUAAUGCGAGAAGAAAUAAUAUACACGGAUUAAUUCC